GCUCUAGCUAGGAGAUUCUGUAGUUGUGCGACAUAGUUACCAGCCCAACUCAAAUCAACUCGUCAAGGGAUGGGAGGGAAAGAGACUCUGAAAGACUUCAUUGUUGGAUCUGUACCAACUGUAAUCUGCAUACCUAACUUCAUUUCAGAUUCUGAAGAGACCAAUCUCCUCAAUAAUAUUUGUCAGGCGCCGAUAUCCAAGUGGAAAUCUUUGAAGAACAGAAGACUUCAGAACUGGGGAGGUGUCGUACAUGAGAAGGGGCUCCUACCACAGGACUUGCCUCCUUGGCUAACAAAGAUUACACAAAAAAUAUGUGAAGAGACAGAACUGUUUCCCUCAGCAAUCAAUCAUGUGCUCAUCAAUGAAUACCUCCCUGACCAAGGCAUCAUGCCGCAUCAAGAUGGGCCUGCUUAUUUUCCGGUAGUGGCAAUUGUGUCUCUUGGAUCUCCUGUUGUGAUGAACUUCACCCCACACACAAGAUUAAGAGAGUGUGCAAGCACAAUAAGAAAUAGUGAUGAAUAUUCAAUUCCUGAUAAAGCUGCUGAAGUUGGGACAGAUAAAUGGUUAGACAACAACAAUUCUUUUUCCGUCCUACUAAUGCCCCGUAGUUUGUUGAUCUUCAAGGAUAAUGCAUACUCAGAUUACUUGCACGGAAUAGCAGAUAGCAACUUGCACCAAGUAGAUGAGGCUGUGAAUGUUUUUGAAUCUUUAAAACAUCAUGUCCAAGAUCAUCCACCGUUGAAGACUGAGGGAACAGAAACUGAAAUCACCGAACAGUUCAAGAUUAUUCACAGAACUACCACGAGAGUCUCAUUAACAUGCCGAUUAGUUUUAAAGGUUCACAAGAAUCUCUUCAAGUUUUAGGGUAUUUAAUCUUAUCACAGGGUUCGUCGUGUCUGCUCAACCUUAUAUUGGUCCUAUAGAAUUUGGCAAUUACAUUGCGACAAACUGAUGGGAGAACCGGGAUUAGUGAAACUCAACAUCUAGCCUAUUUAGAAGUUUGGAUAUUGAUACUGUUGACCCUGGAGGCAGCAGAUCUUCAUGCAGACAGGGUAGCGUCCAAAGAUCAUGAACUGAUGGCAUGUGUUUUAUUAUCCUCAAGUCUGAUCAGUUUCUACAGCAGUCAUUGUCAUUCUGAUAUAGUGUUCAA